GUAGUUAUUCACGUGACGCUGAACUAGACGCUUCCAAGAUGGCGGUGAAGUGAGCGGAUGAAAACAAGCAAAGAAUAAAGAGAAGAGAAUAAAACAGCAAAUUGAAAUUUAAAAAAUGGAAAAAAGUAUGGAAAGAAGGAGCGACUGAGGAAACUAAAGAUAAGCAGACGCGAAGUUCGAGCGAGGGCAUUUUAUUUUGUACUGCGUACCGAGACCCGAAGCGAGCUCCUUGGAAAUGAGUUUUUCCCGCACUCAGCCUGACCCCAUGGGUGACUCCGCCCCUUUCCUAAGCCUCCCGGAGGAGACAGCUGUGAGGGAGGAGCCUCAAGGGGAGGAGGAGGGGCACGUGGAGGAGCCGGCCAGCGGGGUGUCCAAUCGCAGAGCGGCGCUGACAGUUGCAGUUCUGUGUUACAUCAACCUGCUCAACUACAUGGACCGAUUCACUGUAGCAGGAGUGCUCCCAGAGAUUGAGAAUUUUUUCGACAUCGGAGACAGCAAUUCUGGGCUGCUGCAGACAGUGUUUAUUUGCAGCUACAUGGUUUUGGCGCCCAUCUUCGGUUACCUUGGCGACCGCUACAACAGGAAAUUAAUCAUGAGCGUUGGAAUCUUUUUCUGGUCUGUAGUGACCCUGUGCAGCUCCUUCAUCCCCAAAGAGCACUUCUGGCUGCUGCUGCUGACCCGUGGUUUGGUCGGCGUGGGGGAGGCAAGCUAUUCCACCAUCGCCCCCACAAUCAUCGCUGAUCUCUACAUCGCUGACCGCAGAUCCAGGAUGCUGUCUGUCUUCUACUUCGCCAUACCUGUGGGCAGUGGACUGGGCUAUAUCAUGGGGUCGAAUAUGGAGCACAGCACAGGGGACUGGCAUUGGGCACUGAGGGUGACCCCAGCUCUCGGUCUUCUGGCUGUGGUCGCUCUCCUGCUUGUUGUGAAGGAGCCUCUGAGGGGCGCUGUGGAGUCCAGGCCGGAGCAGUCUCUCGUUCACACCAGCUGGCUCUCUGACAUCAGGGAACUCAGCAAGAACCGCAGUUUCCUGCUCUCCUCGUUUGGUUUCACAGCGGUUGCGUUUGUCACGGGGUCCCUGGCUCUGUGGGCCCCUACGUUUCUGUAUCGUGCUCGAGUCGUUCAGGGGGAGCUGCCCCCGUGCCUGCCGGAGCAGAGCUGCGGCUCCCAGGAAAGUCUGAUCUUCGGGAUCAUCACCUGUGUGACUGGUCUGCUGGGUGUGGGCUCGGGGGUGGAGAUCAGCCGCAGACUGCGCCCCUCAAACCCGCGCUCCGACCCCCUGGUGUGUGCGACCGGGCUGCUCGUCUCCUCGCCCUUCCUCUACCUUGCCAUCGUCACAGCGCAGGCUAGCAGGCCUGCCACAUACGUGUUUAUCUUCCUGGGUGAGACCUUCCUGUCGCUGAACUGGGCGAUCGUAGCCGACAUAUUACUGUAUGUUGUGGUCCCGACCCGUCGCUCCACAGCCGAGGCGUUCCAGAUUGUCCUGUCACACCUGCUGGGGGAUGCAGGGAGCCCCUACCUCAUUGGAGUGGUCUCCGAUGCUAUUCAUUCUCGUUCUCCAGACUCGUUCCUCUGGGAGUUUCGUUCUCUCCAGUUCUCUCUCCUGCUCUGCUCCUUCGUGGGUGUGGUCGGGGGUGGGUUCUUCCUAGCUACGGCCCUCUUCAUCGAGAAGGACCGCCUCCGAGCCCAGAGCCACGUUCCCUCAGACGAUGAAAGGAUCGUGGUGCCGAAGCGAGGCCGCUCCACAAAGGUCCCAGUAUCCAGCGUCCUGAUUUGACGAGAGCUGAGGGGGCGGAGCGGGCGGGAAAGAUGCAGCUCUCCCAUUGGCCAACUGACAGGAAUUUCAAGCAAGGAGGACCAAUGUUACACGCGACCGGAGAGAGUGAAUCUUAUAGUUUUGUGUGCACUUUCUUUUUAUUUAAGUUAUAUGAAUAAACUGAUAACUCAA